UGAUUUACAAAUGGUCAUGCUAAAACAAAGUAGAACUGCAGGAUAUACAGUUGCCACUUUUAGUUUUCUCUCUCUCUUUGGGAUGAAUAAGUGACCACGCCUGGUUGCUUUUGUCUCUGACUGCUUAUAAUUCCAAUCUGAAACAGCUAUGCAUGGGUUUUCUGCGGAAUGCAUGUUAGCUAAUCUUUGAUUUGUGGCUGAAGAUAUAAUAGGUUUGGAUGUAUGUGUGAAGUUUGAAAAUUGACUACUGAUCGAAUUAGAUCUUCUUUGACUGCCAUUCUUCCUAUAAAUUGCUGCAAAUUAAAAGAAAUGGUUUUGGUUGAUGGGUCUCCAAGACCAGGUAGUCUAAGACAAGUGUCAAAGCAAUUUGAUUCCUGCAGAAAACUGGGUCUUUUGAAUUGAGUUUAUUUGAGUGAUCCAUGAAGAAAAGCAAGCUUCUGUGAUGAGAAAUGAGCUAAAGAAGGGGUUUAUCCAUCUUUGAUGAAGAUUCAGGCUUUUGUGGUUCUUCAUGGAGUUGAAAAACAUACUUGAAGAUCAAAUGGCUACUCCUUUGUGGUUCUUCAGAUUCCCACCACCAUUGAUUGUGGUUCUUGCUCCAUUGCUUAUAUUGGUGGGUUUGAUACUGGGUUUUGGUUUCUACUCCAUCUUCCUAACAUCUAUAGCAUUAAUAUUCUCAACUCUUUUCUUCACAUGUUCCAAGCAAAAACCUGUUCUGCUUGAGAGAUUAGUUGAAGAAAAAGUUGUUCUCAAGUCUGAUAAUGAAAGUGCUUCUAUACAAGACAAGGAAGUUCAAGAAGCAAGUAUGAACAAUGAGGCUCCCAAAUACUUAGUAGCGCCACAAAGUUCAACACCAGAUUUGGUAGCAGAAAGUGCAUGCCUUGAUGACUUAUCAACUAGUGAGGAGUCUGAAGUACUAGACUGGCCAUUUGGAGACAAUGUGGAUCGGAGUCCAGAUUGCUCAGAUGGUUCAAUCUCUGACGAGGAAAGCCUCAUCGAAAUAUCCCUCCCGGACGGAUAUUAUGUUGGCCAUGACAAGGAAGAAGAGUCCAUCUUUAGUCUGCCACAGAAAAUGUCAGGUUUGUCACAGAAGGCCAUUUUCCAACAGCAUACUCUAUUUGAGUUCUUAGCUGAGAUCAAUGAGGAAGAAAAUAUGAUUGAAAUUGACAUAUCCAUGGGCUCAAUCAAGUGUUCAAGGUUUGAGAUUGAAGCUUGAUUAAAGAGUUAGCUAGCCCCUUUUCACAGUUCACCACAUUUUGAGUUUUUGAUCCUCCUGGAUUUGGUUGCUAAUGUUAUAGAUUAGUACAUCUACUGUUCUUAUUUGUUACUGUCUGCUUAUGACUAACUUUGGAUACCUACUAAAGCACUUGUACUAUUUCCCCCUUUCUCUUUUCUCAUAAUGCACAUUAAUUUAAGUAUCAAAAGCUUAAAAGUCAAUAAACAUAUGA